CCUACACGUAACGUUCUUCACCCCUUUAGCGAAGCGCCUACGAGUUGGACAACUCAUCCCUAAAACGAUUCACCAAACCACGAUACACCUGCGAUGCAUCCGCGAAACCAACCAACCUAGACGCCAACGAAGAUGCAAUAAUAUCACCAAGUCGAGUCCCUAGCCAGUCACGCGACGUCUCGACGAAACAGCCGUCCAACAACAAUUCCCGUCGCAGAGCCUGGUAUACGCGCCCGCCGGUAUUCCUUGUGUUGCUACGGCUCCUUUUUUCCUCCUCUGCUGCCGCCAACAUCACCACCUAGCCGUACGGGACGGGAAGUGGGGGCAGGCAGUAUUUAUGGAAUUCCUCAAGUCGGCGGUGGCAUCCGCCAUCGCUCAGGGCCCGCCUUUCCCCUAUACCUUUGGCGACAAGGUCGACGUCGACGCAUCCAUAUGGACUCUCUACAACGGGACACGGCGGGCCGACGGAUCCAACUGCAGCAUCUUCUCCUUCGACGUCGCCGCCAACAAGGCGCGCCUCCCUCUCGCCAAGAAUGCGCUCAAGAAAUUACGCACGAUGCGACACCCUGGCGUCAUCAAAGUGCUGGACACCGUCGAGACCGAUAGCUAUAUAUACAUCGCGACCGAAAGGCUGGUGCCCCUGAGGUGGCAUGUUAAGAGGAAGAGUCUGAGUCCCGAGACCAUCAAAUGGGGCUUAUACAGCGUCGCGCGCACCGUCAAGUUCAUCAACGACGAGGGCACCUCCAUCCACGGCAGCCUGCGCGUCGCGUCCAUAUACACCUCCGAGAGCGGCGAGUGGAAACUGGGCGGAUUCGAGAUACUGAGCAACGUGAAGGAUGACGAGGCCAUCAUAUACACGUACGGGAGUCUGGUGCCAGAAUCCGCAAGAUACACGCCGCCGGAACUCGCACGGUCGGGCUGGGACGCGAUCAAGCGCGGCCCGCACUCUGCCGUUGAUGCGUAUAAUUUCGGAACCACAAUAUUUGAAGUAUUUAAUGGUGACUUUACGGGCGCCGACCAAGCGGGGCAGACAAAGGGCAUCCCACCUACUAUGCACGCGGCUUACAAGAGACUCGUCAACCCGAACCCCAAAGCGAGGAUCACUGUGGGGGUCUUCCUCGAGCAGGGGCUGCGAUCCGGCGCGUUUUUCGAUUCGCCCCUGAUCAAGUUAACCGAGGGAAUUGACAACCUAGGUGUCAAGUCGGAAACCGAGAGAGAGGAAUUCCUAGAUGACUUGAGCCAACUCACGGACGACUUCCCGGAGGACUUCUUCAAGAUCAAAGUGCUUCCCGAGUUGCUUAAAUCGGUCGAGUUCGGCGGUGGUGGGCCAAAGGCGUUUAGCGUUGUUAUGAAAAUCUCUACCAAGUUGACAAGCGAAGACUUCGAUGCUCGAGUGCAGCCCGUCGUCGUCAGGCUAUUUGGAAACCCCGACAGGGCGAUUCGGGUCUGUCUCUUGGAUAACCUCCCGCUGAUGAUUGACAGAUUACCUCAGAAGGUGGUGAAUGACAAAAUAUUUCCUCAAAUAGUCUCUGGCUUCUCGGACGUUGCCCCCGUCGUCAGGGAGCAGACGUUGAAGUCAAUUCUCGUAAUCAUCGGCAAAUUAUCCGAUCGUACUAUCAACGGCGAGCUGCUGCGGCAUUUGGCCAAGACGGCAAACGACGAGCAACCUGGCAUCAGAACCAAUACCACUAUAUGCUUGGGAAAAAUUGCGAAGAACCUCGGGUCCUCGUCGAGAUCUAAGGUAUUGAUAGCCGCGUUUACGCGAUCACUACGAGAUCCCUUUGUGCACGCUCGGAACGCCGCACUUCUGGCGCUAGCGGCUACUUGCGAGUAUUUUUCGGACGACGAAUGCGCAUCUCGAAUCCUACCCACGAUCUGCCCGUCCUUGAUAGAUAAAGAGAAAUUAGUUCGCGACCAGGCGAGUAAAGCAUUAGACGUAUAUCUACAGAGGAUCCGCAAGGUAGCAGCCGGGAUGCCUGAGACAGCCCAACCGCUACCGCAUGCUACCGAAGCCGCUGGUCCACGCAUGAGCACGCCGGCGCCUAGCGAUGCGGCAUCAUGGGCUGGCUGGGCCAUCUCAUCCUUUACCAACAAGCUCUCGGCCGCGUCCGGCCAGAUGCAAAGCUCUGCCGAUGGCACACCCGCGCCAUCAGCGGGACAGAGACCUACAUCACCGCCGUCCCGAGGGCUCGAUCCCAAUAGGCGAGUGGUCUCGUCAACCUCAUCAGCCUCGGCGCUCCACCGCCAGGCGGUCAAGUCUCCGUCUCCCGCACCACUCUCGCGCAACUUGUCGAAAUCCCCGGCUGACGCGUACUUCCAAGACGCCGAGCCGGCGGACGACGACGGCGACGCGUGGGGAGAUAUGGGAGAUAUGAACGAGGACGGAAGCGGCAACGACAACGGGGCCGAUAGCUUCUUCGACGCGCCCAGCGAGCCGUCACGGAAGAAGGAGAAGCCGCCCGCGUCAUCCUCCUCGCUGCCCUUCGACGACGACGGGUCGGAGCCCGACUUCGCGGGGUGGCUGACAGCCCAGGCGCACAGGAAGGGCCCCGCCGGCGGAAAGGCGCUGCCCAAGGGGCUAGGGAAGCCGCCCGCGAAGGCGACGAACGGGAAAGGCGGCGGCGGCGGCGGCUCGGCCGGCCGCAAACCGCUCACGGCGCGGCCCGCGGCGAAGCCGGUCGUGGCGAAGAAGGUCGACACGAAGCCCAAGGAGACGGACGACGACGACGGGUGGGGCGACGGGUGGUGAGGCCGGAUGUCGUCGCGGCAUCUCGGGGAGUAGCUAAGGAAACACGGCACCGUCUACGCGAAUAGGGGGUACGAGUCGGGUCUCGGUCUUGGGACUAAUUCUUUUUGUAUACUACUGAGUCUAGAGAGGCCGAUAGGCAUAGAGAGGGGGGGAUGGGGAGUAGACGGAAAACAGAAGUAUUCCCGUAUUCGACAACGCCUGGAUGGGCUCGAAUGAAAGGCGCCGGCAGGGUAUUGUAGAUACCUUAUCCACCCGCGGUGGGGUGUCGUCUUUUUUCUUUUUGCUACGUGCAUGCAUAUACCUAUAUACAUGCGAGCACAUACAGCCUGCAGGUAUGCUUGUGGGUUGGGUUAGUGAAGCAGAACCGGAGUAAUGUUGUUUCUUCCUGCUUGUCUCUCCCCGCUUGGACACGUUAUAUAUGGUGUUGGGGUUGGCGGCGCCUACUGCCUACCUACUAUACACAGAGAGGCCAUAUCACAUAUCACAUGUCAGAUUACAGGGUGGGGGUUUUAGACGGAAGGGGGCUGGCGAUCUGUAUGGGUCCGGUGUUGGGAC